AUGACCAGGAGCUUUUCUAAACGAGAAUUAACAAGUCCUGGAACAGUUUUGGGCGAGGUUUACCAUUACGUAGGGAAUGAAGCCAAACAGACCUUUGAAAUCGAUGACUCGAAUCCCCAACAAGUGCCUCUUCAUGACCUUCGAGCUUUAGGAGAAGUCCCGGAUUUGAAAACAGAUGGAUUUACCUAUGUCUCCGAAAGGCAUGUUACAGGAAUCGAAAAAAUGCGCGAAUUAUCGGAUGAGCAUCGUGAUGCCCUGGAGGAAGACUCCGUUGAACUCGUCAAAGAGCUGACAAGAGCAAAAACUGCAUUCUCCUAUGCAGCUUUUUUUAGAGAUCACACUUCAGAUGACUCAAUAAGACCAGUUCCAGUAAUUCACUCUGAUCUAUCACCAGAAGGGGCCAAAGUUGUGAAAGAAGCAUUACAAGAAGUCUUUAUGGAGUCGAAGGAUCCGACGGACAUUGAAAUUGCAGAAAAACUGGGAGGUAAAGGUGUCAUGAUCCUAAAUGUUUGGAGACCUAUUCAUACUGUUCAAGACAAUCCUCUUGGGUUUUGUAAAUGGGAUUCACUCUUGGAAGAUGAUGCUAUGAAGUGGAAAAUUGGACCAACAGAUACUGAAAAUGGACUUCAGGCAUGGAGGUAUAGGAAAGGUCAAAGAUGGGUUUAUCUACGCGAACAAGAACCACACGAAGUUUGGGUAUUUAUGCAACACGAUGCUAGGGCUCAUGAUGGUCACGGGAUCAAUAUUCCGCAUGCUUCCUUUACUCUUCAAGGAGAUCAAAACCAAGUUCAACCAUCUACACGAAUGAGUUUUGAGACGGCCAUCAUUGCAUUGGUUGAACCACCCCCACCUGAAGGAAUAUUGUCAAGAUUUACUGGACAUAUUCAAUCGUAUUGGAACCAAUUUAAGUGGAAUGAUUUUAAUUGA